CUUGAAGGCCCAAUCAAAUCAUUCAGCUCAAGACCUACGUGGGCGACAUCAAUCAAAACAUUGUGCUCAUUGUAGGUCGCGCGUGUUAUUUACAAUAUUAUAUUUCGAAAAUAUUGACUGAAAAUCAACGAUUAGAACAGUCCAAGUCAAGCUAGUGAAAGAUUUAUGUGUUAUUUGUAAAACGUUUUGACUUUUUAUAGACUGGUGUGAGAAUUUUAAAUAUUUUGUGAAAAUGACCGCGUCUACUAUGAUCGAAUUAGAAUCUUGGAUUAUCUACCAAUGUGUCCUGAAUGAAUGCCAUGUAUCCAGCAGCUGAACCUGCAAUAGAUCUACUUUUUUCUUCGAAGUUAUUUUAAGUUUUCUUCAUGGUUUCCACUUCGACGGAGGGCGGCGCGUGGUGCGCUCGCGACAUCUCGCUGCGCGCGCAGAAGAAGUUCCUCUCGAGGGUAGGAGGAGCCACCAGCGCGCGGGCGCUCAUUCUCGACGAACAUGCCGCCAAGCUCCUUGACCAGUUCCUGGUGGUGCUGCGCGAGCGCGUGGAGAAGCGCGAGGCGGAGAAGCUGGUGAAGCACGUGAUCAAGUCGGCGGUGAAGCUGGGCGUGCUGCGGCGGCACGGACAGCUCUCGGCCGCCGACGACCGCGCGCUCGCCUCCUUCAGGUCUAAGUUCCAGAACGUAUUGAUGGCGGUGGUGUCGUUCUGCGAGGUGGAGUUCUCGUACGACCGCGGGUUCCUGCAGGAUGCCCUGCGCGAGUCCCACCAGUCGCUCAAGGCGGUGGUCGAAAGGCACCUAUCAGACAAAUCCGUGUCCCGUCUAGCCGGAGUCUUCGCCCUGGCCUCUCGGGGAGAACUUCUGGACUCCCUCUUCGCCGGGCAAGUAGACGAGGACGUGCUCAAACUGUCCAGGAUGCUGCGCAAGGAGCUCGACCGAGGCCUGCUAUAAUCCCACCAGCUCGCCUCACAUGAGCCGUCCUACCACUACCAAAGGUUUACCUACCAUCGUAACUUGGCUGCUUGCGAUAUGCCCAAUGGUCCUUCAGAGAGUAUUCGAAUAGUUGGGACUCGAUGUUAUAUCGAUUAGAUUGACUUUUAAAUGUUUUCAACGUGAGCAAUGUCUUAUGAGCGGUAUUUGAAAACAUUCAGUGUAGUGUAAAACUAAAAUACCAUAUAAUCAUGUUAACAAUUUAAUUUCAUUCGAGUCUUGAAUCGAGUACCGGAGUUAAACAUUUCGAAUUCCAAUUUUAAAAUUCGAAUGUUUGUUCUAUCGAUUUUGCAAACAUUCGAAUAGACUCCACCACUAGUGCAACCAUUAUAGCAUCGCUCGCGGCCACGAUAGCUCCGGAUGCGACCGCGGCAUCACGCAACAAUAUCGUUAUCUCCACAAAUGGAGAUUUGAUUUUUAUAUAUAUUGAUAGGUUUUGUAAAUAUACACAUGCUCCAUCCGCGGACCGACUUGGAAACAUUUAUUACUGCCUUAAAAAUAUUUGUGCUCGAUUUUUUUCAAUAUUGUACAUAAGCUACUCUACGUAAGCUACGUCAUCUUUUCUGUCAAAAACGAAAAAAAAAAAAAACAGAAAAAUAACUUAUGGCUCUACGAGUAAUACCUGCUGUCAUUUGUUUUAAGAAUUUCUUCCGAGAUCUCCAAUAAUUCUUACUUCUGAAGACCUUUCUGUCUAUGAUAUCUCUAUUUGUUGCAUGUCGGUUUCGCGGUGUUGAGAUUUCGAUGUCGCUUGCGCUCUCAUUCCACUAAACGCACGUUUAUUUAUACCAGUACGAUUUACAUUUCGCUUUGCUCUCUGGUCACAGAAUUCGUGAUACGAGUUUAUUGAAUACUCACUUCAUUCGGCGAGACGAGAUUUGUUUUAAUCGAGUAUUUUAAAAACAUCGAUAAUUCUGAAAAAAGAUCUCCAUCGAAUUAAGUUUCUGUUCUAAAUUUAAAUUUAUGAUUUUUUUAUUAUGUAGCAAAAUGCUCUCUUUAUUCGUUAAAUGAAUGGAUUGAUUCUCAGUACUGAACUAACAAAUUAUUUAAUUAAUUUUAUAGACUAAAUGAAUUUUAACCCUCUCUAAGAUAAUAACUUGCCUACAUGCCAGUAUAUCUACAGAUGUGACUGUCGAUGCGUUCAUCUUGCCUGGUUUCGUAUUCAAUUUUAAUUAAGCGUUAUUUUAAAAAAUAAUAAUAUUAAUGCAUUUAAUAAUUUGUAAAUAUAAUUUAAGUGAUUGUAUUCGAACGGUUUAGUUAUUUAGUUAUUAGACGAAGUUACCGUAAUACAAGUACGAGGUUUCCACUACAUUUACGUUUACAUCACACUGUAAUGCGCAGUAUGGCAUCUUUACAAUCAUAGCAGUGAAUGAAAAAAAAAAUGCUGUAUUUAACCCGUGCGAGUUAUCUGUACACCUCAAAGUUUGUUAAAAAAGUUAAUUAAGUUAUUUUUUUUGUUGCAAUUAAAUGAUGGAUCGCGCUGGAGGUAAAUGAUGUGACUGACCGAAGGGGAAGAAGGGUCGCAUAACGCAAUCCCACGAAAGAACAGUUGAACCGCGCGGGUUGUAAUUCAGUAAUUCAUAAUACAUUGUCAUUGCAUACGGCCUAUUACCGAUGAAUUAUCUACGAAUGUUUGUGACGGUUAAACAUAUUAGCCCAAUGGCGAAAACAUAUUUAUUUGGAAUUAUUUAAAUACAUUUAAAAUAAUAUUUAAAAUCAUGUUUACACAUCACAUAUUUCAUAUUGUCAUUAAAGCGACGUCACCGGCGUAGUUUCUUCAAUACAUUCACUCUUAACGUAAGUAGACGAUUUUAUAAUAUAAAUUGUACCAAAAUGUAUUCCAACUUAACAGUAAAUUGAACAUAUCUCAAACUACAAAUAUUGACGUCAUAAUCGAUUUAUACUAUCGAGCAAAUAUGACAGAACACAGUCAUAAAUUAUUUCAUAGCGUUCGCUAGCUAACGCCCCUAGACGCUGUUUAUCUCAAAAUUUUAAUCUACACCAUUGUAUAUCAAAAUUAUACACAAUUUCGGACCAAAAAAUUUUAUUAUAACAGUUCGAACAUAUCUGAACUAUAAUUCAUAUCUUCAUUUUGUAUUAGCAAUAAAUGUCGAUAUAGUGGUAGUUAUUAAUUGUUUUUUAAGAAGUGUAUUGUAGUGCGAACAAUCCCCACUAUUAGACGCACAUUUCUAACUCUUGCCUAAUUGUGUCACUGUUUAGUGUUUGUGUUUGUGGAUGCCGGCUGUGGACCGAAUGUAUGCGACGUCGUCCAACGUCAUAUAACGUAACGCGAGGUGCGGUAGUGAUCAUUUAUUGUCUAGUGGUAACUUUGGAGCUUUAGUAGAUUUUACGAGAAACGAACUUAGACGAUUAUUUCGGUAUUAUUUAAUUACAAACUCAUAAUAAUAGUUCUAUAUAUACAUAUUAUAACAAAAUUAUAAUAGGCCUUUGGGGGUCUUUACUAGAGCAACGAAAGCCAAAACAACAGAUUUAGAUUGUUUUUGCCUGUCUGUCUGUCUGUCUGUCUGUAUGUAUGUACAUGCAAAAACGUUUUCACAGAUGUAUUGCUAGAGAUCUAACCUCCAUAGACUCCAUUUCAUCAAAAAAACUUUCAAGCGGCCAGAGCCGCGAGCAAAAGCUAGUAUAUAAUAAUAACGUAUUCAUUUUGAAAGUUUAUGCGUGAAAUGAAACAAAUUGACGUUGGAUGGCGAUUGUAUAAUAUAAAUGUGUAUAGUGUGAUGUCACCCAAAACACUUCACAUGAGUCUACAGCCGGCAUGAACUUCGUAGCUAGAUGAAAUCAAAGAAACGUCCAAGUAGGGAAUGUAUUAAAAAGACAAUAUGAAUGUUAAAUGUUAAUAAAUGUUGAUUUCUCAACGACUAGCGACUCUAUGAGAGAUAUUAAUUUCUGCAUGUAAUGUUAAAAUUUAAAUUGAUGUUAAAUGUUAGCUGUUGUGUUAAGAGGCCGGAUAAUUAAUUAUUUGCGAUUUUGUAUCAUUGGAAAUACCUUUUUUAUAUAUUUAUAUUAAAAUAUAACUUAAAUGGGAAACAAUCGUUCGGGUUCAAUACACGUCAAAGGAGAAUAAUUUAUAACUUAGUGGUGAAAAUGAAAAAUAGUAAUUGUGGACAACUUUUUUAUAAACGUAUUGAAGCUGAUACAAAAACAUACUUAUUAUAUAGAAUAUUGUAAUACGAAUUACAGAGUUUAUUAACUCAAACGUAUAAUCUACGUAUUUCUUAUAUUUACGCGAAUGUUAGACUUUGAAAUAGUUGCAAUACCUACAUUUGGGAUAAAAUCUGUAAAUAGUUCAAUGUGAUUUACGUUUUUCGAUUUUACUAAUAAGUUAUAAUUAAUCUCCCUGAUGUAAUAAUGACACCCUCUUAAUGGAACACCUGUACAUGUUAUUUUAUUGCAGACCAAAAGCAUUUAUAAAUCACAAGUAAAUGUAUAAAAAUUUAUAUUUUAUUGAAACAAAUUCGCAGAUUUUAGUAUAUUUGGGCUUAAUAAAUUAUUUGAACCUCAUAGUUCUUUUAAAUGGUCAAGAGUGUAUCAAGACUCAGUGAAUAAAUGUAAAAUUCGUAGUAAUUGUAAAUUUAUAUGACAUUUUAAUUUUAUUUUAUAUGUUAGUGAUACAAUGUGGUGUGUGAUCGAAUGAACAAAAAAUGCGUGUAAAAUUUUGCACUUGCUUCCAAUUUGUAACUUUAUAAUAAAUUGAAAACGAUUACGGUCAGGUUCUAAAGAUGUUUUUGUUUAGUCAAAAAUAUCGGUAAUUGUCAGGGAAAUGCUCUCUAUAUAGAUUGAUUUAAAAAAAUGUUUUUAAUAACAUAAAACGAUAUUUUAUAGAGUCAUGUACCUUUGACGAAUCAUAUGUUAUUGACAAAUAUUAUACCCAAGAAAAUGUAGUUACUAUCAAACAUAUAACAUAAAAAUAUUUGUCCUAACAUAGUAUUCAUCAGAGGCAUAACAUUUGGUAUUUGUAACAAACAAAACAGAUUCACGAGGAUUGCUCGAUACAAUGAUUACUGUAACACAAUUUCGAGAUAUACAAAAUGUGCAAGAUUUAAUAUUGAAGCCCUAUUUGAAAUGGUUUUUAGCCCUCACAGCACAGUGCACCGACAUGACACUAGGAGUUUGAAUGAGUAUAUUGUCUACACAAUAUAUAAACUAAGCUGAUUAUGUAUAAUUUUUUGUUAAGCCGUGUUAUGUGUAAGAUUUGAUAUCAAAUAUACAAUUGGUAAAGAG